GUCACACAGGAAGGCCAGUCUUUAACUGGGGUUCAGAAAGAUUGUGAAACGGUAAUGAAGUUAACACGAAAACAAGUUCUGUCCAGGGCAAAGGCUUCAGAGUUGGACAGUGUGAGGAAAUUGAACUGCUGGGGAAGCCGCCUUACAGAUAUUUCAAUAUGUCAGGAGCUUCCAAGCAUUGAAGUUAUGACUUUGAGUGUAAAUAGAAUUUCCAUCCUUGAACCGAUAAGCCACUGUCAAAAUCUGACUGAGUUGUACUUGAGAAAGAAUAAUAUUUCCAACUUGGGUGAACUUUACUACCUGAAGCUGCUACCCAGACUGAGAAUACUGUGGUUAUCAGAGAACCCUUGCUGUAGCUCUGAUCCUUGCAGAUACAGAAUGACAGUACUGAGAAACCUGCCCAACCUUCAGAAGCUCGACAAUCAAGCUGUGACAGCUGAUGAGCUCUCCCAAGCCAUUAUAGAAGGUGAAGAGUUUAUAGCUCCUCCAACUGUAACUUCCAGCACAGAAACUGGCCACUCGGGACCACCAACAGAACAGAAUGGGGGUGAAGUUACAACAGAAUCUGAAAAUGACUUGCUAAAUUUCAGCAUGGAAGAAACAAAUAAAAUUCGUGAACAGCUAGGCAUGAAGCCAUUACCAAGAGACAAAUUUUCUCUUUUUGCUUCUCCACUGGAAUCAGAUGCAGGAAGGAAGAAAAAGAAUAACGUCCUUAAUGCAAUUUUGCUGCUGCUCAAGGACCUGGACACAGAAGGUUUGGAAAUUGUUCAGAGAACCGCAGGGAAUAGGAUUCAUCAGCUACAGAGAAAAGAACUCCAGGAGGAGAGAUAAAUGUGUCAAGGAGGCAGCUGCAUGUACUACCUGCAACUUUAGCAUUCCAAUGACAAACUGCAAUCUAGACCAUAAUCGCACUAUACAUACAUUUUUUUUGAUGAAUGCUGAAGUCAAGAGGAACAAAUCGAGCAAAAUUAGCUGUGUGAGG